UCUCACGAACGCACGACCCAAAACCCCUUCCACAUCCAUCUCCUCCUCCGGUGUCGACCGCCAUGGCCGCCGGGCGGGCCUUCCUCGGCGCCCCCUGCUCCUCCCUCGCCACUGGUGCCCGCCGCCUCGCCUUUGCUUCGCCUCCGCCCCGGGCGCUCGCCCCUGCGCUCCGCCGCCGCGUCGCCGGCCGCUGCGUCGCCCCCGUCUCCUCGUCCCCUGACGCGGCCUCCGCACCGGAGCCCUACGUGCUCACCACGCCACUCUACUACGUCAACGCCCCGCCGCACAUGGGAAGCGCCUACACGACCAUCGCCGCCGACGCCAUCGCUCGCUUCCAGAGGUUGCUAGAGAAGAAGGUUAUAUUUAUUACUGGAACAGAUGAACAUGGUGAGAAAAUCGCCACUUCAGCGGAGGCUAGUGGUAGAAACCCAAAGGAGCAUUGUGAUGCUAUUUCAAGUUCAUAUAAGAUGCUCUGGGCUGAUUUAGACAUAGAAUACGACAAGUUUAUCCGCACAACUGAUUAUAAGCAUGAGGCUGUUGUCAACGAAUUCUAUUCUAGAGUAUUAAACAGUGGUGACAUUUACAGAGCUGACUAUGAAGGACUUUAUUGUGUGAGCUGUGAGGAGUACAAGGAUGAAAAAGAGCUAGCGGAAAACAAUACGUGUCCUGUGCAUUUGAAGCCUUGUGUAGCAAGAAAAGAAGACAACUAUUUCUUUGCCUUGUCAAAAUACCAGCAUAAGUUGGAAGAGCUGCUGGCAAAAAAUCCUAAUUUUGUAAGGCCGUCACAUCGCUUGAAUGAGGUCCAAGGCUGGAUUAAAAGUGGAUUAAGAGACUUUUCUAUUUCCCGUGCAUCUGUAGACUGGGGCAUUCCGGUGCCAAAUGACACCAAGCAGACAAUAUAUGUGUGGUUUGAUGCUCUAUUAGGGUAUAUUUCAGCAUUACUAGAUGAUGGUGAGCAGGCAAGUUUGCAGCAAGCCAUUGAUCGUGGUUGGCCUGCCUCCCUCCACUUGAUCGGAAAGGACAUAUUGCGGUUCCAUGCAGUUUACUGGCCAGCCAUGUUGAUGUCAGCAGGGAUAAGUGUUCCUGAUGCAGUUUUUGGUCAUGGCUUCUUGACAAAGGAUGGCAUGAAGAUGGGGAAGUCAUUAGGCAACACUCUUGAACCAAAAGAUCUGGUAGAAAGAUUUGGUGGUGAUGCUGUUAGGUACUUCUUCUUGCGUGAAGUAGAAUUCGGCAAUGAUGGGGACUAUUCAGAAGAACGCUUUAUCAAUAUCGUCAAUGCUCACCUUGCUAACACAAUUGGAAACCUCCUUAACCGCACACUUGGGCUUCUAAAAAAGAACUGUAAAUCCACACUAGCGGUUGACUCAAUUGCUGCAGUGGAUGGAGUACCAUUCAGAGAAAAUGUAGAAAACCUGGUGGACAAGGCAAAGCACCAUUAUGAAAAUCUUUUGCUGUCAUCAGCAUGUGAAUCUGUUUUAGAGAUUGGUAACCUUGGAAACUUGUACAUUGAUGAGCAAGCACCAUGGUCCUGUUUCAAGAAAGGGGGUGAGAGUACUGAAAAAGCUGCAAAGGAUCUUGUAAUUAUUUUAGAGACAAUGAGAAUAAUUGCAAUUGCGCUAUCUCCUAUCACCCCAAGCCUUUCGCUGAGGAUUUAUACACAGCUUGGUUUCACUGAAGACCAAUUUAGGGUAUUGAGAUGGGAGGAUACGAAAUGGGGAGGCUUAAAAGCAGGCCAGGUAAUGAUGGAGCCAAAGCCAGUCUUUGCAAGGAUAGAAACUGAGACGGAAGCUGAAGCUCAAGCAACUUCAAAGGCUGCAAAAGGUGGGAAGAAGAAAGCACAAAGUAAAGGUCUCGUAGAAGCAUAAAAUCACUGAUGGAGUAGCCUACUUGUUCCUAGCCAAAAAAAGUCACAUAUUUUAUUGUGUAGAUAACAGGAAAUCACCUGCAAUUCAAAAGCUCUGUCAAGGCAUGGAGCAUCGUGAGAUAACUGACUUUCAGUUUUCUUAUCCCAUGGGUUCCAGUCUAAUGUAGUACAACUUUUUUCCCAUUUGAAUGAGCCAGCAAGAGUCUUGUCGGAUUACAA